ACUGAUACCGAUAACGUCUUCUUAUAACACCAGGAACGCGAGCAUGUCCCCCGAGGAGCUGACCUACCUCGCCAUCUUACUGUCUUCCAUACCGGUGGGAUUUCUCUUCAAGAAUGCAAGUCCACACGUGAAGCAAUAUGGAGGAACGGCAGUGGGGGUGCUGCUCACCCUUAUCACAUGUAACAUUCACAUUGUUCACUCUCUUAUAACUAUUCUCGGGACGUGGCUCAUUUUGAAAGUCUCUCCAAGAUCCUGCCACUUCCUAGCCCUUGGCUGGACAUUCUCCUACCUGCUUUUCUUCCGGACAGUGACUUAUUUUGAUCUUCCUGCUCCUACUCCGUUUACUAAUGCCGUCCAGCUUCUACUAACUCUGAAGCUUGUGAGUUUAGCGAAUGAGGUGCAAGAAUUUUGUCGCAACAAGAAACAGGAUGUGACCUCAUUUUCAAAGCCAUCUGCUAUCAAUAUCAUUCCCAGGAUCCCGAGCCUGGUCGAGAUGUUCUACUAUAGCUAUUGCUAUAUUGGACUAAUGACAGGUCCAUUUUAUCGCUAUAAGACAUACUAUGACUGGUUACAUCAAACUGACUCCAUGUCAAUCCCGAGCUGGAAGCCGAUGAUAUCCCGAUUAAAGCCAGUUCCGAUUUUUGGUGUCCUGUUCCUUGUCGUUUCACACUAUUUCCCUCUGAACUACGUCAAGACAGAUGAGUUCUACGAGUGCGCCUUCUUAUAUCGACUCUUCUACAUGGUUCCCAUAUUCUUUGUCUUCCGCAUGCGGUUUUAUGUAGCUUGGCUGUUUUCCGAAUGCGGGUGUAUAUCUGCUGCUUUUGGCGCCUACCCUGUGGCCGCCAAAUCACGUUCUGGAGGUGGCCCAACUGUGGAAUACGCUACACAAGAAAGGACCUCUGAUGGAGAAAAAGUUGCGAUUGAGUACGACUAUGAGACGGUGAAGAACAUUGACUGCUACGGAGCCGAUUUCUGCGUGAAAGUGAAGGACGGAAUGCGUUAUUGGAACAUGAGUGUUCAGUGGUGGCUGGCUCAAUACAUCUACAAAAAUGCCCCCGUCAAGUCCUUUGUCUUUGGCAAUGCUUGGACCAUGCUUAUCAGCGCCUUCUGGCAUGGAAUUCACCCUGGUUAUUAUCUGAGCUUCCUGACCAUCCCACUAUGUCUAGCAUCAGAAGGGGCAAUGGAAGUUGGAGUGAGACGUCAUCUUUCUGACUCUGGAAAGAUGUUGUUUGAUUGGGUCCAUUGGUUCCUCAAGAUGAGGGCCUACGACUACAUGUGCAUGGGCUUCGUCCUCUUAACCUUCUCAGACACUGUUCACUAUUGGCGCUCGACCUACUUCUCCAUCCAUGUGUUGGCCGUCAUCCUCCUUGUCACAGGUCAGCUUCUGGCCAUGAAAAGACCCCGGAGCCCAAAGAAUGCUGGAGAAAAGCAAGAAAGUAGAAAGGAGAAUCGGAAAGCAGCAGAAUAAAUCCAAUCGGACAUUUUGAUCUAGGUACCUGCCAUUAAGCCCUUCUGCUUUUUGUAAACUGAGUCAUAUGACGAGGGUUAUGAAUUUACUAUGUUCUCUGCUUACAGUUCGGGACUCAUCAGUUAUUUUGUAUAUUGAGAAUGAAGAGGUCGGUUUCAACAGUAUUAUGUGACCUUCUGUUUUCUUCUAUAACAUUUGUGCUUAAUGUCUGCUGGCCUUCAAGACCCUAUAAGUCCUUCUUUUGGUGCUCGCUGGUUUGCAGUAUUUGCUCUUGCUGUGCGAAACAAAGUGUUGGAGGUCCUAUAAUAGGCCUUUCUCCCGAAACAGCCCCAGCUGCUGGAACAGGGACCUGCGGUAGGGUACCUCAUACAACCCUUCUGCCAUGUUUGACUGCAAAGGGGUUAAUCUUCACCUGUAAAUAUCACAAUCUUAUAGCAUCUGUAAAGAUCUUUCUCUUCCAAAGGGGAAACGCACAUAAAGGGGAGUAGGAGUGCCAAUUCUCAGAGAAUUAGGUGCUGCCUCGGGAGCCGAAUAAGACGUUAGUCUCAGCAUGUUGGACAAAACCCAUUCCAAUAUGGCGGAUAAUAUUCCAUAACCGAAUCAAAUGUAGUAAACUGUAGAGCGGCGCGUGGACCCCUGAAAGGGUACCUCUUUAUAAUACGUUUUAUAUAUAUAAUAUUGUGCUGGUUUCAUUAAUAAAAUCCUAGUUUUUUGCACAA